AUGCCGGGACACACUAACAGUCCGUAUUGGACGGCGGUAGACUUCGACAGCGAAGGUGAUGAUGAUAGAAACCUCGCACCCAGUAACAGAGUGUACCUAGAUCCUUGGGAUAACGAUGCGUUUGGAAUGAUGGAAGAGCAAGAAGGAUCACCAGAUUCAAGCCAAGCACAUAAUAUGAAUUCUUUCGCGGGAGAACCCGUUAGUGCCAGUUUUUAUUAUGUCCCAACUAAAACUUACGAUUCGGGAGAGGAACCGAAGCCUGCUAAAAGAACUAUAUUCCCAGAGGAUGUAGUUACACCUGAUUAUUCUAUCUACGGAAGACGGCCGUCCAGACAUGUUAUGACUGAUUACCAAGAUAUGCCAGUAUACGGCCAUAUACCGAUACAAGAGCGUAGAAGAUCGAUUUACAACGAAGAACCUAUAUAUGCCCCUCAUCCUAUGGUAUACGAGAGUCUCUACGCACCUGUACCUAUGAAUCCCUAUAUGCAUCCAAGAUCGCGUAUGUCAGUACAACACCAGCCAGAUUAUACUCGUAUUAUGGUGAACGGUCAUGGCAAGCAAAGAAGACAUUCAAGGUUGACAGAAGCGUACGAGCAUUACGCGUACGAAACCUUGUCGCCUGAAUACGAAGACUGGGCUCGACCGAUGCCGAAGACAGCUCCCGAUAACUUCCAUCUCUCCCGCUAUGGACAUUUGCAGAUAGACUACUCUUUCAGCUGGCAUUCCCUUGAUAGAAUUAUACGGAACCAA